CUCGGACACAUUUCGACGUUACACAAAGACACUUCCUGGUCCAAUGCUAAACAAUUUACCAAUGUUAGCGGGUGAAGGCUAAAUAGGUUUCCAGAGGGUACAGCUGGUUUGAUGCCCGCAGCUCCACAAUGGAGCUCUCUGACUCAGUCACACAUAAGAACGGGCGGCAGAGGAAGCCCGCUGUCCCCCAGGGGGACAUGAGGGACGGGGACAGGGUUUGCAACACUACCCCUGACAUGGACAUGGAGGUGGAGGGGGAGGUGCUGCACCAAGGAUACGACGCAGAGGACAACGGACAUCCCAGGGUGAAGCCUGGGAUCAGAGGGGAGCUGGGGAACGUGUCUCUGCUGCUCUUCCUUUAUGUCCUCCAGGGCAUCCCUCUGGGCCUGGCUGGGAGCAUCCCUCUCAUCCUGCAGGGUAAGAACGUCAGCUACAAGGACCAAGCCUUCUUCAGCUUUGUCUUCUGGCCCUUCAGUCUCAAGCUGCUUUGGGCCCCUCUGGUCGAUGCGCUCUACCUGACCCGGUUUGGACGCAGGAAGUCGUGGCUGGUGCCCACCCAGUACCUGCUGGGUCUCUUCAUGCUGUACCUGUCGGUUACCGUGGAUACGCUGCUGGAAAGUGAUGAGGGGCGGGGCCCAGACGUGGUGACCCUGACGGUGGUGUUCUUCAUGCUGGCCUUUCUGGCAGCUACCCAGGACAUAGCAGUGGAUGGCUGGGCUCUGACCAUGCUGUCUCGGGAGAACGUGGGCUACGCCUCCACCUGUAACUCUGUGGGACAGACUGCUGGCUAUUUCCUAGGCAACGUGCUCUUCCUGGCCCUGGAGUCAGCGGACUUCUGCAACAAAUACCUGAGAGCACAGCCUAAAGAGACUGGCAUCGUUACACUGUCAGAAUUCCUGUUUUUCUGGGGCGUGGUGUUCCUGGUGUCGACCACGCUGGUGGCCAUUAUGAAGAAGGAGAACGCCAGGGGACAGCAUGGGAAGAGGAAGGUCCGGGAGGAGACGCAGAGCGUCAUGGAAACAUACAAGCUGCUGGUCUCCAUCAUCAAGAUGCCUGCCGUGUUCACCUUCUGUAGCCUGCUGCUCACGGCUAAGAUGGGCUUCUCUGCGGCAGACGCAGUGACGGGUCUGAAGCUGGUGGAGGCAGGUGUUCCCAAAGAGCAGCUGGCGUUACUGGCAGUCCCAAUGGUUCCACUUCAGAUACUACUACCACUCAUCAUCAGUAAAUACACUGCAGGACCACGACCACUAGACGUCUUCUACAAGGCCUUUCCCUUCAGGUUGUUGAUAGGUCUGGAGUAUGCCCUGCUGGUGUGGUGGACUCCCAGUUUAAAGCAGGAUGGGGGGGGAUUCCCUCUCUACUACUACGCUAUAGUACUGUUCAGCUACGCACUGCAUCAGGUGGCGCUGUACAGCAUGUAUGUGGCCUGUAUGGCUUUCCAUGCUAAAGUGAGUGACCCAAUGAUCGGUGGGACCUACAUGACCCUGCUGAACACAGUCACCAACCUAGGGGGCAAUUGGCCCUCCACCCUGGCACUGUGGAUGGUCGACCCACUCACCUCUAAGGAGUGCCAGGGAGCUGCUGGGCAGAGCUGUGGCUCCCCAGAGGAGGCAGGGCUGUGUGUUAAGGAGGGCGGUCUGUGUGUGACGUCGUUGGAUGGUUACUAUGUGGAGUCGGUGGUGUGUGUGGUGAUAGGACUAGUGUGGUGGGUGUGGCUAGGGAAGAGGAUGAGAAGGCUACAGGACCAGAGCCCUGCAGCGUGGCGGUGCAGGAUCGGCCAAUGACAACGUUCACCCGGCUCUUGACCUGCACAACCCCUUUCUCACCCCAGCAAGGCCGAUCGCCAGACAGCUACAGUUUGAUAUAAAAGCUUCCUCUUAUCUGUUCCUCUCGCUCACUUUCUGUUGGUCUUCCUAUGUCCCUCUCUCUGCCUCUCUGUUCGUCUCAGUCCCUCUCUCUCUCCCCUUCUCCCUCUUUCAUCUCCCCUCCUUUCCUCCCUUCUCCCCUCCUUUCCUCCCUUCUCCCCACCCUUCUCUGCCUCUGCUCAGUGUAUAUAUCCUCCUUCAGCACUUUUUCUUUCUUUAACAUAACUGUAGCUGUGGUCUGGCCCCCACAAGACUUAUGGACCAUAACAACAGUCAAUUCCUCCCUGCAACAUCACAUCUUCACCAGGACUUCUGUCGCUGCCGCUUCAAAUAUGUCCCAUUGGAAACAAAAAAGAAGGAACUAUUCUUCUUGCUAAGAACAUUUACUCCAGGAAGUAGCUUCUCCUCUUCUCAUUCCACAUUCUCUGUAUCUUCAACUAUUUAACUAGACAUGUCACUUGUAUUAUGUGUGCCUUGCUCUGUUCUUCAGACUCUGAUUUUAUAAAGUUGUUGUCUGAUAUUUGAAAAGGCUUUCAUCAAUGGUCAUAAAAAGCAAAGUACGUUUAAAUAUGGAUGAUUAAAUAUGAACUUUUGAGAUGUAGUCCAAGGCCUGGUUGAUAAAUAGGUCAAAUUUGUCUGUAACAUGGAGUGAGAAAUCAUAUCUGUAUUAUUGAUUGUAAUCCAUAGCCCCUUCGACAGAAACGCCUAAACUAUAACAGUACUGAUUAAAAUAUAUCUGUAAUUUUCAGAAUACAACAGUAUUUUCUCUAAACCAGCAAUGAGAGUUCAGCGGUUGUGUGAAAGGGAGAAGGCAGCAAACAGUCAGGUCUGGAUCUGGGAUCACCUAUAAUGGUUCUGUUUGUAUUGAUAUAAAUAAUUUUGUAUUUGUUGAAAUUCGAGUAAUUUGUGUUUGUUUUGGGUCUCUCUGCUGUAUUCCACAUCGGGCUGCAAAAAAGCAUUUGCAUUGAUCCACGUGUGGUAAGCCUGAUCAUUCAGAUUCCGUGUUUCUCCCUUCAUUUCUGUCCCUAACCGCUGGUCCAAGUUCAGAUGCGGCUCAGCUCCUAAAGGUGAAAGUCAGGGUUGGGGUAUAAUGAGAUGAUCCUAAAAUCAAGUGUUUCUCUUUUGUGGGGGGAAAAAAGCGCACACUGAGUUUCCACACCAAUGCAAAGCCUUCAUACUGUAUCUGAAACUUUUGUUAGCCUUGAACAUAUUUUUUUAACUUUCUGUUUAUUCUACAACUUGUGAUAGUGAUGCUGCUGUAUGUACAUGGCAUUUUUAUGUCUUAUGUGCCAGUACUUUUACAGUUAUUUUAAUAUUACCAAUACAAGUCUACCAGCAUUCACUUACAUAUGGAUAUGUUUGUAUAUUUAUGAUUUGUUUGAUUUGCCAAAUAUUUAAAUGAAAUGAAUGUUAAUUUUGUGGUUAUUUUUAGGACUUUUUUUCAUGUCGGUUUGGCUUAAUUUCAGCUUGUACAUUAUUUUCCAAGAUUACUACAGUGGAGGGUUUUUUAAAAGAAUGUUCAGCUACUGAAUUUCCCAUGGAAUACAAAUUAUUUGGGAUGGGCUGCAGCAAACAAAUAUUUGAUGCCCAACACACACUAGAAAAGCUGGUUUUAAAGACCUGCUUGGUGGUGGAGUUGUCCUUACCCUCUCUGAGGGCAGUGUUCACAUGACCCCUUUUAAGUUGAAAAGCUCAGACAUUACAGGGUGACUGUACCAGGGGUUGGGGUCAAUUCCAUUUCCAUUCCAGUCAGUUUGGGAAGUACACUACAAUUCCAAUCCAUUCUCUUCAAUAGUUCAAUGAGGAACAUUUGGUUUACUUUCUAAAUUGACUGGAAUUUCAACGGAAUGGACCCAAACUCUGGACUGUACCUUAUGGGACUUGUACAUACACUAUGCUGUAAAAUGUUUUGAGGAACUUUUGUACCAACAUUCCCAAGAUGUAAUAUUGAAAAUAUUAUAUAUAUGUAAUACAAUGCAUAUGCACACAGUG